ACAGACAAAAGGAAACUCGAAACAGAGUCAGUGCUUGCUCCAUGAAAAUCCUGUCUCUUGGCUCCGAAUGUCUGAUUUUUAUACCAGUGCUGGUAUCUGGAGAAUGAAGAAUGAAGAACGGAGGGAUUCCUGAAUCACUGCUUGGCCUCAAAGGAAGUCUGAGAGGCAGAACCUUCUAGUGGUUCUAGAGGUGUCCAUCACCCAGGCAGUGUCGGCUGUGUCCCCUUUCUGCUGCAGAAUGGGCCUUUCCGAGGAAUGGUGGGAGAGGUGGCCCUGAAGACUGCCUGUAUUGUGACAGCAUCUGGCACGCUCCUUCUCCUCAAGUGGUAGAAUAUGGAUGGGCUCGCCUGACAUCUUUAAAAAUGAAAACCAGGUGCCUCAGAAACAGUUGCUAAUUUUACAAAGACACCAGGAAGGUGGACGGUCAUCAGCUGCACUCAGCAGAAUUAACACAAGAAAUUAAUCAGACAAGAAGACAGACUAGAAUAACAUGAAGCUCUACAGAGUUGUCCUGACCUUGAGUUGCCUUGCUUACGUCAUGGAAGCUCAGCAGAGCCAACUGAUGCAAAGCCUCCGCUGCUCCACAGACUACCAGUCCUACACCUCCUGCACAUGGCAGGAAGAACAGGAGGCCCGGGACAUGGUCAAGAUGAGCCUUUUCCACACGGACAACCUUGGUCGUAGGAACCUCACCAGUAUGAUGUGCAAUUCCCAGAAAGAAGGCUCUCAGAUACAUUGGAAUUGCCGUAUAAACCAGAACAUUUUCAUCGUGCAUUUGGAAAAUACGUUUGUUUUCAAACCAGAAUCAGAGCUGGAAGUCCAACUGAAUGUCAGCCUCUUCGACAAUUUCCAGCCUCCUUCACCCCAGAAACUAGGCAUUCAUGAUACAUCAGGCAAGGUUCUAUUGGCAUGGGAAGCAGGUGAUGGAACAAGUAGAAGCCAUUGGCUUGAUGGGGUCUUGGACUUUCAAGUAACCUACAAAAAGGAUUGGGAAUACUGGAAGAAUUCUUCCUUCCUGUGGGUCUCAAAUGCCACCAGUUGCUUUCUUCCCCAUGAGAAACUUGAUCCUGGCAGCACCUACGUCGCUCGUGUCCGAAGCAAACUGCGGCAAGGCAGCCGUCUUGUUGGCCAGUACAGUGACUGGAGCUCUGAAGUUACUUGGAAAACACCAAAAGAUGGUAAAGUUGAAGCUCAGCCCAAGAACCUCCAGUGUCAUUUUAAUGGCAUUGAUCAACUAAAAUGCAGCUGGGAGACAAGGAAAGAGGUCACCAGCUCUCUCUUGUUUACACUCUUUUACAAGGAAAAUCCAGGAUCAGUGGAGAAGGAAUGUGCCCCAGUCCAUACAGAGAAUGUGUCUGUCACCCCUCAUUACAUAUUGCAAAGCUGUAAGAUCCACAUCACCAACCCCAACAGGCAAAGCCAAUACCAAGUAACCGUACGGCCAAAAGAAGAGAAAAAAGUGAUGGAAGCUAAAAAGCACAUCAAGCUAGACCCACCUUAUAACCUGACUGUGAAAGUGCUGAACAGCCAGGGGUACAGACUGCAGUGGGAAGCCAGGCGCAGAACCGUAAACAUGGGAAUGACAUGGGAAAUCUCAUACUGGAAGACAGGAAAACCUGACAAGCCCCAAUCUAUCAAUAAUAGUGACCAGAGCUUCACUUUCUUCCCCGGGCUUCUGGAACCAAACACGCACUACACAGCAAAAGUGCGCACAAAAGUGACUCCACCUUCCUACAAUGGCCCAUGGAGCCAGUGGAGUCAGGAAACUGAGUGGACAACAGAAAGUGUUUUUCCUCCCUGGGUUAUUCUACUGGCUGCAGCAACCUCCAUCAUUCUGAUGAUGGCAGGUACUUGGUAUGGCCUGAAAUAUCUUUACAGCAAGAAAACAAAAUGGGAAGCAACCAUCCCAAGUCCUCCAAGGACAUUUCUACACGCGGGGUUUUUUCAGGAAGUGCAGUUGCCUGAUGUCUCACAGGACUUCCGUAGCCAGUGCUUUUUAGAGGACGAAGGAACUGACUAUGCCAACCUAUCUGAGAUUCAAAUGCUGGUAGGCCACUUGGAAUGUCUUCAGGUUGGAUCAGGGAAAAUAAUACCACAUCCCAUUGCCUCUCAGGAUAUGGAGAAAACAGAACUUCCUUGUAUAGCCAAAGCUAACCAAUUUUUGACUCGGGCAAAUAUGGGAGAGCAACCUGUUUGUACUCAUCAUGCCCAGAUCUUUGAUUUUGAUGGUCCAUACAUAAGCUGUGGAUCAGAGCCCUCUCUACCUGAGGUUCAGCAGGAUUUGGAUGUUGCCCAUCUGGAUAUGAAGGAGACAGCAGGGUUUCUACAAUAUGUGGAGCUGCCCAAAUGCUUACAAUUCCAGAAACUUCCUGUGGGGCAUGAGAAAGGAGAAACACACUCAUUCUCUUUUGUCAGUGAUCAGGUGCAGGAGGAAAAGAAGCAACUACUGUCUAAAAGGCAACAAAUAUCUCAAAGCCAAGCGGCAAGUGGCAAAUUGGAGAAAGAAGAAAACAAGCCACCAAGUCUUCCCCAUACAAAUAGGUCCUGCCAAACCAGGCCUCUGGACUAUAUUGCUGUUGAAGACCUAUCCAUAAGCAAAGAGAGGGAUUCUUCACUUUCACUCCCUGCAGGGGCCUCGAAGGAAGGGAUGCCACUUAUCCGUACUAAGGCAGCAGAGUUGCCCCGACCCACUGAAGUUUUUUCAAGCUCAGGGUCAUGCCAGGAGAAAUCAGAGCCUGUGGUCCAAGCUACAGGCCAUUCGUUGGCUGCUCCUUCAGGAUCUUCCCAAGAAGCCUUUGAUGACAAUGUUUUGGCCCUUCCUGGUAAAGCAGAAUCUGUGCCAAAGGAAAAAAUUUCUCUUUCUGUAGAGGAGCCAAAGCAGGACAAGGGCUUUCUUAUAUUUAACCCUGAUGGCAAGAAGCCAGUCUUCUUACAUCAGGUGGGUGAUUACUGCUUCCUCCCUGGCUCUAAGGCCAUCAGGGAAGCCUCAAAGAAACCAGGGGAAACUGUGAGAAGCCAAAUGCUGGAAAUCAAUCAAAAGCAAGCUACAGAGCCCCUCUCAGAUCUGCCAAGAUGGGAGAGUGUCAGCACUUCCAUAAAUCCCUCACCUGGCCCAUGAGUUUUCCCAUUUUUUUUUCUUUUACACUAGUGUCACUGGCAUGAAUAGAAACAAACAAACAAACAAACUGCUUGGACUGAUAGACUGCAGAAAUGUGCUUCACUGUGAUGAACUCCUCAUGUGAGGGUACAGAAAUGUUAAAAGCUUUCAGCUUAUGUUAACACAUCACUUUCAUGCCAGCAUCGUCCAUGCUAGACAACUGUAAUUGUACACUUGGAUCAGUUUACAAAGAAUGGUGCCUUAUAGCAUGAUCUUCUUCUACUAUAGUCUUUACCAGUCUGGAGAAGGACCAAUGUUGUCCCUGUCUUCAAAAAGGACAAAAAGGAGGAUCCUGGGAACCUCACACCAGUUGGUGUGGCAUCAUUCCCUGGGAAAAUUCUGGAGCAGAUAAUAAAGAAGUCAGUCUGUAA